GAGAGAGAGAGAGAGAGAGAACAUAAGACACCAUCUCUUUUCUUUUUCCCCACCUUUUCCUCUCAUAAACCCCAAAACAAAACACAAAAGUUGUUUUCUUUCGCCUUUUCCUUUUUAUUGGGUCUAUAAAGUUCCUCCAUCACUUGCUUCCAUUGAUUCUUUCCUUCCAUACCAUAACACCAUACUCAUUCUCCUCCCAUCACAACCCACUAAUCCCUUUUCCCACCUCUCUCUCUCUCUCUCUCUCUCUCUCUCUCUCUAUUGCAGAAGUUCAUCCAUGGCGAUCUGCACCUUCUUCCAUCUACUCCUUGUAGUCCUACCAAUCAUUGUACAACCGGCAACAGCAAACGUGGAAGGGGAUGCUCUGUUCGCUCUGAGAAGAGCGGUGAAGGACCCAGGCCUCGUCCUCCAGAGCUGGGAUCCAACCCUGGUCGAUCCUUGUACUUGGUUCCACGUCACCUGCGACUCCGACAACCGAAUCACCCGCCUGGACCUUGGGAAUGCGAAGCUGUCAGGAAGGCUAGUUCCAGAACUGGGGAAAUUGGAGAGACUUCAAUACCUGGAGCUGUACAUGAAUGAGCUGGCGGGACCCAUACCAAAGGAGCUUGGAAACCUCAAGAGCUUAUUGAGCUUGGAUCUCUACCACAAUAAUUUAACUGGAUCCAUCCCUUCCUCCCUCUCUAAGCUCUCCAAUCUCAAGUUCCUAAGGCUGAAUGGGAACAGAUUGAGUGGAAGGAUUCCCAGGGAACUUACCAAGCUUGGAAGCCUUAAGAUACUUGAUGUGUCGAACAAUGACUUGUGUGGGACAAUCCCAACUGCAGGAUCCUUCUCCAAGUUCACUGAGGAAAGUUAUAUGAACAACUCGAGGCUAGAAGGACCGGAGCUGAUGGGGUUUGUGAGAUAUGAUGCUGGAGGGAGCUGUUAAUGAGGAGGGACCGAUCAUGAAAGGGACUGCAAAGUUUCUUGCUUUGGUAGUUCUUGGAGUUGUAGCUUUUUAUAAGAUUGAUGCGUCUUUUAUAGGAGGUGAUGUUUGUGAAAAGCUUGGAAUUUAGGGUUGUGGUUAUUAGCUAAUAUUAUGGUGUUGAUUCAAGGAAAAAAUAUUAUGUAAUAUGAGCAUAUAAAGGAACCAAUUU